UUCUCUUUCUCUCUCUCGCUAUCUGUAAAAGCACUGAAUACGAAGAACGGGGAAAGAGUUCUUGUGGAUCCGUUCUUCGUAUGCCCGUCCUGCUCAUCUGCUGAUUUCUUCCUUUGGUUUUGAUUCUUUCGAAAAACCCUUUGUGGAUCUGUUUUCUUGUUCUUCUUCGUAAAGCAAGAGAAGAGAAUGGCAACGACAAAUGGGUACACAGGAAACACACCAGUGGCCUCUACCACUGGAUCAAAACAGCUUACAUCCACCGCCAGGACUGUUGAUUCUCAAUCUGUUCUUAAAAGGUUGCAAACCGAAUUGAUGGCUUUGAUGAUGGGUGGGGAUCCUGGAAUAUCAGCAUUCCCAGAAGAGGACAACAUAUUUUGCUGGAAAGGAACAAUUAAAGGAAGCAAAGACACAGUUUUUGAAGGAAAAGAAUACAAACUGUCUCUUGCAUUCCCUAAUGAUUACCCUUUUAAACCCCCAAAGGUUAAGUUCGAGACCGCCUGUUUCCAUCCGAAUGUCGAUGUCUACGGCAACAUUUGCUUGGACAUUCUUCAGGAUAAAUGGUCAUCUGCUUAUGAUGUAAGAACCAUACUGCUAUCUAUCCAAAGUCUCCUCGGAGAACCAAACAUCAACUCACCUUUGAACACCCAAGCAGCUCAGCUUUGGAGCAAUCAAGAAGAAUAUAGGAAGAUGCUUGACAAACUUAAUUCAUGAUUUGGAGAAAUCAAAACAGGAGAUUUUAUGUUUUUCAUUUUAUUUUUUUAGUGGAAUUGAAUGGUUGAGAACAUGGGGGUGGGUUCAUUGCAGAGUUCAAUAAGAUGAUGGAAACUGGUUAUAAUACUGGAUAUUUUCUCCAA